AUGUCCCCAUCCAAUUCCACCCUUUUAGACAAGUUUAUUGUUGAGAGCCUGUACACUGAAGUACACAAUUAUAGAGAAUUUGCGUUUAUAUGCUCAGCAACUAUGACCCAAAAUUCCCCAUUUAUUUUGGAUCAAGACUUAGAUUGUUCCGGUUACGUCCUGAGCCGAGAAGCAACAAGAAAGUUCGUGGAAGAGGCCUUGCCCAAUAAAUCAAUAUGCAAGCAAAGCAAUCAGGGUCUGGAAGAUGUUGAGAUAGCUGGUUGUCUGCUGAAGAGUGGAGUCCUGAUCGGCGAUUCCCGAGACAGCUUGGAACGUGGUCGGUUCUUCCCAUUAGGACCUCACAUCCACAUCAGGGGGGGUAUUCCUCAGUGGUAUAAGAAGAACGCCUUUUACAAGCCCUAUGCGGUAAGUAAUCAGAACGGAUUUUAUUGUUGUCACCUCAGUGCAGUUGGCGGGUUUAGGGUUCAGUGACCUAGGAAGUGGGACCAAAAUGGGGAAAUAUCCCCGAUGCUAGAAGGGUGGGGUCAGAUGUACUG